AUCCCCACCAUGAGUCCAUGAAUCCAUUACAUAAAGUUGAAGGUUCCUUCGUACCCCAUCUACUUUUUACCCACAGUUUAGGUUUGGCAUAAUCUUAAAGCUAGAUCUAUUCUUUCUCCCACAACACCAAAUCACCAACAAGAAGUUAUCCAACAACAUGGAAGAUCUCAUUGCUCAAUUCAGCUUCCUCUCCAACCAAGCCUUGCAAGACGAGUCCUUCGACCCCGCCACGAUCGAGGACCUCAUGAAGCUGUUCGAGAUCGAAGCCUACAGAUCGUGGGCCGCGGUCGAGCUCGAACAGCAACAGGAGGUGGAAGAAGCCGAGACUGCCAUGCAGGAAGCCGAGGACUACAUGGACUCGGUGAUGGAGAGCGCCAUGGACGAGUUCCGACGCUUCGAGGAGGAGAUGGAACGCAUGUCGAAAGAGGAAAUGGACAGCCUGGUUGCGACGGCGGAAGGGGCUAGGAGGAUGGGGAAGUUGAUGGAAAAUGCAGCAACUGUUGCUUCCAAGAGGUACAUUGAGGCUGCACUCAACUCCGCUACUGCUUCCAUGAAAUCGGCUUGGAAGGGCAUUUCUACCAAGAAGGUUCACCCUUCUUGAUUAAUCAUGUGUUAAUUAGAUUCUAAGUAUAAUUACUGCCUUUGUAUUUGCUUAAUCUUCUACAAAACAAAAUACAUUUGAGAAUAAAUUACCUUCUGGAA